AGUCAGUACAAGUGAUGACAGAGAGGCAUGGAGCUCAAAGCCUCAAAUUUGGAUUAUCCAUUUGUAAAGCAGUUUUUCAAUUCAGUACUGUUAUGUCAUAUGUGUAGUGGGAAAUACGGAAAGCUCCCUCACGAUUUAAAUCAGAAAAUCGGCAAUUGCUUACGGCGAUGGAGCUUCUCUAUCUUCUCUGCUCUUUGCUUUACAACUCCAUCACUUCCCUCGCCCUGUCUUUCCUCCUCCCCUUUCGCCGCGCCGCCCAAGACGCCUCAGUUUCGCUAUACCAAGGCACCGUAUGGCACCAGCGCCGCUGCCCCCUCCACCAUUCUUUCCAAUAUUCUGUCCGUUACGCGCUUAUUGACCUCGACCACGCGCAUCACGCGCCGCCUGACCGCCUCUCUGCUUCCCAAGCUCGCAGCUUUUCCGGUACCAAUGGCCCCGUUUUCUUGUUGACAAUACCCCCAAGUGUUGGCUAUGAGCAAAAUCCCUUGAGUGUGUACUAUUGCUAUGAUGUUGAAGGUUCCUCACAGCAUUUGAAGAAAUGCAUUGCUGAGGUUACAAAUACACCGUGGGGGGAAAGAAUAUCGUUCUUGUUCAACCCAGAUUCUGAUAUGGUUGCAAAAGCUCUACACGUUAGUCCUUUUAAUGAUAUGCUCGGGAGUUGGAGGAUCAAAGCUAAUGCACCGGGAGAGAAUAUUUUGGUAACAGUUUCAGUUAAUCAUCCUACACAUGGUGACUAUUUCACGGCUUCAUUGGUGGCCAAAAGAGUCUCGUCUUCUACACUGAUGGAUCACACACUAUACUUCUGGCUGAUGCCUCAUAAGGUUGCUUUUUGGAUAUAUUGGCAGGCUCUCAAACUUUGGUGGAAAGGUUUAUCAUUCGUACAGCAUCCACGCUAUUACAAUCCCGGAUAUAGAGGAGAAGCUCUAGCUCGUGAUGAAAAGCUUCAUUGUUGUCAAGAAUUUUCCUUUAACUCUCGUACCCAUCAAGAAGCUGAAGAAAGCCGGUCCAACAGAUCUUCUCGAGACUCAAAUUCAAGAACACAUUGCUUCACUUGGAGGGAUGCCAAGUGGCCCUGGUGCUAAAUAGAAGCCACUGGAAAUCUGUGGCAGCUGGCAAUGCAAUCGUGAAGAACACGCCAAUUAUUGACUUGUUCGUUAUGCAGCAGCCAUGGACAUGACAACGAGUCGAGACAACAGCAGAUGUUAACAACGCCUUAUCCUCUCAUCGAGCAUCAUCACCACCAAUAGGUUUGUGUAUUGUGUCGUCUUUGUAAUUUUAGUCCCGUAGCAUAAUGCAACUUGCAUGAAUAUUUCACCGGGCUAGCGCCUAUAGAUGCAAAGUUGAUUCUAGCUGCUAGUUUUGGCUAUGAACUUGCAGGUUCAUGGAGUAGCUAGCUAGCUGGAAAAUUGAUCUGUUAAGAAGGAAUUUAUAUUUAUUGGUAGAUCAUAUAGUGUUUCACAAUAUAAGAAACUUUCACCUGUUUAUUCUCUUCCUUUUCAACUGUACCAUAUGGUAGUGUAGUUUUGAUAUAUAGAUGUACAUGUAACUGGUUGUGCUAUGCCAGCUCAAAAGCCAUUAAAGGAGACUCCUUUGCUUGUGAACCAAUAAGAUGAAGAAAGAAGUUUGGAGA